UUCGCAGCCUACGUGUAUGCGCCGCCGACGAAUCGCGACCUCUGCUGGAGCAUUCGUGGAGGAUCCAUAGAGGCUCUAUGCAAGAAAUAGCAUGGUUGGCGUGGCCUGCCUGGCCGCCGUCGGAAGAGGUUUGGGUCGCGUGUUUCAACACGCUGGAGGUGCUUCGUCUCUUUGCCAUCUCGAAGUCUUUGCAUCUCAACUUCUUCUGCGUCUCCGCCUUUCACUUCCUCUGCAGCCUCUAUUCAAGCCUUCUUUGUUCUAUUAUUCUCUCGCCCCGUUGUUACAUUGUAAACACAGCCCCUCCGUCCAAUCAGGUCACAUCUGGCCUCCACCAACAAUAGACCAGCAUCGCAGACAGCCUUUGUUUCAUCCUCGUGACAGCCCCAACUGAGCUUCACCUCGCGCCCCGCAUGAAAAUGACUUCCUCAUGAAAUCGCCAAAUGUCAAUGUGCAAGUCUUCCUAGACAAGUUCGA